CGUGGUUCAGGAGAGUGAGGAAGAGUCAACAACCUCUGCAACAGAGCCUGAACCAGAACCGGAGUUACCUACGCCACCGAAUUCGGCUUUGCUGCAAAGGAUCGGCGAGGAGGAGUUGUACGAAUGCGUCAACGCUGUGCUCGGCGCGGCGGCCAAGAAGCGCCGCAGAUUCCUGGAGAUGGUCGACCUGCUGGUCUUGCUCAAGGACUACGACUUCAAGAAGUACAAGCGUCUUAAAGGCGUCAUCAAGCUGCCGCACGUUGUAAAGCCGACCUUUCGGGGCUGCAUGAUCGGCUACAACGCAGACAGAAAAGAAGCCAGGGCCUGCAACCUUGACUUCAUAUCUGUCGACGAAGUCAUGCAGCUGAAGGGGCGGCCCACAGCGAUUAAAAAGCUCGCGGCGAGGUACGACGCCUUCUUUGCGCCCAAAGAUUAUUAUCUACUGAGAGAUCUCAACAAGCUCUUGGAACAAAAUUUCAAAAAGGAGAGGAAGUGCAUCACGCCGGUUCCGCUGUACAUGGAGUUGGACGUGAAGGUGUGCGAGCUCAGGAGAAGCACCAGGCUGUGGAUGAGGAGGGAGCUGUCGUUCGGCAUCUCCGUGGGUCAUGUGAAGAUGAGUGCCGACGAGCUGGCCGAGAACGUCACGGUGACUGUGAACGAAGUCCUGAAGCGACUCAAGAAAGGAUGGGAGAACUUGCGCGGGCUCAGCGUCAAGUCCUCCAUGGGGCCCAUUUGCAAACUCUACUGACUGAUUCUGGCGUAUCUGUCACGGAGUCGCCGAGGCAUGAAUUCUUGCUGGCAGUCACGCAUAAAGAGCACUAGA